AUGAAGGAGUUUGUAGAUCAAAAGGGUUUGCAGGAGAUGGACUGCGUGUCGUGCUGCAGAUCAUCGCAUCGACCCGAAGUUUCUUGGAAAAAGAGAAACAAUCGAUAUGAUGCUAAUGGCCCGCACACAUUUGCCUCCGUUGUUGCCAACUUCUCGAUGAAAUCAGGAAGCAGCAAGUAUAGGAGUCUGGCUGAAGGGAUACUAAACGUCGGACAUGCAGAGAUUUCUGCUCGGGUUUUCACGUUUUAUGAAUUGGCUGCUUCAACUGACAACUUCAAUCCUGUUAGUCUGUUGGGCGAAGGUGGAUUUGGGAGGGUGUACAAAGGAUACAUAGAGAGCAUUGAUAAGGUUGUGGCUGUCAAGCAACUCGACAGAAAAGGAUUGCAAGGAACUAGAGAAUUCUUUGCGGAGGUUCUUAUGUUAAGUCUGGUUCAUCACCCAAAUCUUGUUAACUUGGUUGGAUAUUGUGCAGAUGGCGAUCAAAGAAUGUUAGUUUAUGAAUUCAUGGCCAAUGGGUCUUUGGAUAAUCACCUUCUAGAUUUAUCUCCAGAUGAAGAACCUUUAGAUUGGUACACCAGGAUGAGAAUAGCUGAGGGAGCAGCUAAAGGACUAGAAUACUUGCAUGACUUUUCCAAACCACCGGUGAUUUAUCGUGACUUUAAAGCAUCUAACAUACUAUUAGAUGAGGAAUUCAAGCCGAAGCUCUCUGAUUUCGGACUUGCUAAGAUAGGUCCAACAGGAGGCAAGGACCAUGUAUCUACAAGGGUGAUGGGGACAUAUGGUUACUGUGCACCUGAGUAUGCUUCGACAGGUCAACUGACUACAAAGUCUGAUGUUUAUAGUUUUGGAGUUGUGUUUCUGGAAUUAAUCACAGGUAGAAGAUCUAUUGAUCCUGCAAGACAAACUGAGGAGCAGAACCUUGUGACUUGGGCACAGCCACUUUUUAAUGACAGAAAAAAGUUUAUAUUAAUGGCCGACCCUCUGCUAAGAGGAAGGUACCCUGUAAAGGGCCUCUAUCAAGCUCUUGCAGUUGCUGCAAUGUGUCUCCAACAGGAAGCUGACACCAGACCUUUGAUUGGUGAUGUUGUAACCGCUCUUGAGUAUCUAUCCAAGCCGAGAAAUGUAUCAAAGGCUCUCUCUCUCUCUCACAUAAAAUUGAGUCAAAUAAAGAACAGCGCUUGGGGAAAUUCAAACCCAUGUCUGUACCAUUCAAAAUGUAGACAGCUAUAUUCACGUUCAUGAUAUCAGUUAC